AUGAGAGGGCUUCUGGAACUGCGAGUUACCAUGGAUGGUGUGGGUCGUCAUGAUAAACUCGGACAGCCUUUCACCCUGCUCAUUCCAUUCCACUCCGUGAGUCCCGAUGUGAAGCUCUUCAGCCGUUCUUCUGGGGCCGAUCUUGGCGUUAAAAUCACCGACGAUGACCUUGAAGAAAGUGUGGUCUUCUCUGUAGAGCCUCUCUAG